AUGGUCUUGGUGACGGUGAACUGUUCGACGCUGCUAUAUCCAGGUACGCCUCUUGCAUUCCUCCCUCCAGAUGUAGCAUCUCAAUUGCAUGUUGCGCGUCCGAUAGCCUCGGCAAGCCUUGGAGUGUUUGUAUGGGACAUUAUAUUUAACUUACCGUCCGACUACAAACUCCUAUUUAAACACAGGAUCACAGUCCCAACAAUAGUCUACCUAAUUACCUCCUUUGCAUACGUCAUUAUAAGUGUGGUAUUCGAAUGGGCGGGAAAUUGUCAAGCUCUUGCAACCGCAUUUUCUAUUUGCUUUGCAAUUGCAAUUCCCCUGACAUCUCUCCUAUUCUUCUUUCGCAUUCGAGCGGUAUUCAAUGACCGGACACUCGUUGUCUCAAUUUUCGCCUUUCUAUGGGUCUCACUCCUUGCAGGUUACAUAGUUCCAUUUGGCAUCACAGCCGAUAAUAUCGGUCCAACCCAGUUUUGCCUUGUCGCUGGCGUCAAGCAAUACAACGCCGCAGGAAUCGUCAUCUCAACUGUGAAUGAUACGCUUGUGUUUGUUGCAAUCUCACUACGCAUUUUGUGCAAUCCAGCUAUUGAUGAUAACGUCAGAGCUCGUGUUAAAGUGUUCUCGAACGGAGGAACACUCCCAAAACUCUCGAAGAGUAUUUUCCAGAGUGGCCAACAAUACUAUCUAAUUACAGUUGGAGGAAAUAUUCUAACAAUGGUUAUGAUCCUGACACCAUCCGUGAAUCCGAUGUACCGCGCAAUGUUCAACGUACCGAAUAUAGUCAUCGAAAAUUGUAUGGCAUGCAAGGUUUUCCGGGACAUCAAAUUUGGCAUUAUAGAGACCUCAGCAACUUCAGUAUUCCGGCGCUCAACGAUUUGGAAUGCAAAAUCCAACCUCGGCUCCUCCCACACACCGCCGGACACAGUGUUUCCAAUGACUUUAACGCGGUUGCGUUCGAUUCCAUCCCGGUUGGCUUGCAAUCCACGACCUCGAGAAACCAAUUGGGUCCAAUCCUGUAGGAUCUACAGGAGUCCGUACAACCUCUACAUAUCCGUGAGGCGAACACCAAAGCUGAUUAUAUUGGGUUGUGGCAAUAACUAUUAA